AUGUCAUCCUCAUCCUCAUCCUCAUCCUCAUCCACGCAUCAAGACUCAAACCUAGCCCCAGCUCUCAACACAACAAAAAACAAACCCCGAACAAGUAAAUUCAUCGAAGGACCCAUGCUCGACGAGCCAUCCCAACCACCACCAAGACAAUUAUUCGACAAACAUUCUAGUGCGCGAUCGAGUUCCGAGACAAAGGGUACAGAUGCACGGGUAGCAAGGACGACUUACCGACACCUUCCAAGGUCUGCUUCGGAACCUCUGGAAGUCUCGUCGCCUAAGACGAUGGAAGUGAGGAAACUAUCUCCACAACUCGCUUCAAAUAUAAACUCUACUAAGUUUCCUUGCUCUCAUCAGACAACCGCAGAGAAAUAG